AUGGCUUCGUGCAUGUAUCGUGUAGGCGAUUACGUCUACUUCGAAGGAAAUCCAACAGAACCUUAUAUAAUUCGACGAAUUGAAGAAUUAAAUAAAACCCCAAAUGGCAAUGUUGAAGCACGUGUUGCUUGUUUCUAUCGUCGUCGUGAUAUCUCUUCAUAUCUAAUCAAUCAAGUUGAUCGUCUUAAACUCGAUGUUCCAUGGGAAGAUGAGGAUGAAAUAACGAAUGAUACAGGAUCAACAAACCUAAGUGGGCAACAAAUUGAAUUAAAUGAUAUUCAAAAACAUCAAUUACGUCAUCGUGAAUUAUUUUUAACACGUCAGAAUGAAACAUUAUUAGCAACAAAUAUACGUGGAAAAUGUUUAGUUGUUCUACAUAAUGAAACUGAAACAUUUUCAUCAUAUCUUAAUUCUGAGGAUCUUUUUUUUUAUCAACUUGUUUAUGAUCCAAAUCAAAAAACUUUAAAUGCUGAUCGAGGUGAAAUUCGAGUUGGUGGAAAAUAUCAAGCUGAUGUAACGAUUCAACCAUUAUCUAAUGAUACAAACCAAGACACAUUAUCAUCAAGAGAAGAUUUAAUCUGGAAUGCAAAUGGUGGUUUAACAGAAAAACAAAUUGAACAAUAUUUAAUUGUUGCAAGAUCCAUCGGUACAUUUGCUCGUGCACUUGAUUGUCCAACAGCAUUAAAACAUCCAAGUCUUCAUAUGAGUGCAGCAUCAGCAUCACGUGAUGCAACAUUAUUUUUCGCAAUGGAUACAUUACAUAAACAUCAUUAUGAUUUAGCUUUAGCUACAUGUAGUUUAGUACCAAAUACAGGACCAAUACUUGUUAAAGAUCAAAUGGAAGAUUGGUCUGCUGCUGAAGCUAAUUCAUUUGAAGAUGCUGUUGAAAAAUGUGGAAAAGAUUUUCGUGAAAUACAAAAAGAAUAUUUACCAUGGAAAAGUUUAAAAGGUAUUAUUGAAUAUUAUUAUAUGUGGAAAACAACAGAUCGUUAUGUUGUUCAAAGACGUUUAAAAUUAGCUGAACAAGAAAAUAAAUUAAAACAAGUUUUUAUACCAAAUUAUAAUAAAGCACAUCAAUGUUUAAUUCCACAACGAAUACAAAAUGAAAUUAAACCAUGUGAAUCAUGUGGAACAACGUCAUCAUUGCAAUGGUAUCAAUGGAGUACAGCUCAACCACAUACAAGACUUUGUGCGGAAUGUUGGAUUUAUUAUAAGAAAUUAGGUGGUUUGAAAUAUUUGAAAAAAAGUGGUCCUGAUCGACGACAAGAACGAGCUGCUAAUAUCACUAAAUUGGUUAGUUAUAAAUGUAAUGUUAAUGGUUGUGAAAAGGAAUAUAAAAAUAAAGCUGCUCUUCAACGUCAUUAUGCCAUAUCCCAUGGAAUAAUGUUUCGUUCUGGUAGUCCACGUCCAUUAUCAAAACCACGUAAUACAUUUGCUUUAUAUACAACACCAUUAUCACGUGCUAUUCGUCCAUUAUGUUCAAUUCGACAUCUUGCACGUUGUCUAUCAUUUACAACUGAUAUGAAUGAUAUACUUCAUCAAUGGGAAAUAUUUAUUAACGAAAAACCAUCACGUGAUAUUCGUAAUAUAUGUACAUGUCUUCAUAAUUUAUAUAAACAAAAAAAUGAACAAAGAAAAUGUAAACAUUUAUAUGAUUUAUUUCCAUAUAAAGAUGAGAAUGAAACAAAUAAAACAUUCGAUGAUUAUAUGCCUAAAUAUGAAGAAAAAAUAAAUAAUGAUAAUGAAUCAAAUUUACCAUUACGUUAUCCAAAAUUACAAGAUAAUUCAGCCGAUUUUUAUGCACAAUUUACUCAUUUAAAUAUAAGUAUUAUGAAAAAACGGCCUUAUGAAUCAAAUGAAAAUUCAAAUGAUGGUCCAUCACCAAAACGAACAUUAAUUACUCGACAAAAUUUAAUUAAAAAUAAAUCACCUAACCCAGUAAAAUUAUCACAUUCACGUGCUUAUACUGUUCCAUUUGUUGAUCCUCCCGAUGGCAUUUAUUUACGUGUAACAAAAGAUAUUAAACGAUUAAGAAAAGAAAUUCCUCAAAAAGAAAUUCGUCGUAUUGCGCGUGCCCCAUGGAAAAAGCUCAAUACAAAUUUUGUCUCGUAUGUUGAUGAUGAUAUUGUUGUAUUAGAUUAG